ACAUUUUCUUGAUACGUUUUCUAGUUAUUUUGUAUAUCUCUCGUGUAGUUGUUUCUUGUGAUGUGGACAUAAUUUGCAGUCGAGUAAACAUAUUUUUUUUCUGUUUUACUUCCAUUCAAUCUUCAGUCUUCUCCGUACAAGUCGUGUAAACGAUUAAGCGUCACGACUGUGUGUAAUUUAGAUAGAUAUUACUUCAUUAGUUUAGUAGUGCAAUUCUCUAGACAUGUCCGAAACGGUGGACAACAUAAUCGAAGCUGUGAACAGCACGAAUGGCACCGACGCGGCAGAAUCGAUCCUGAAGAAGACGCCGGCCACCUUCGAAGGCAUGAUGAUUGCUUACAGUAGUCUAGUCAUUAUGGCCCUGGUGCCUAUUUUUUUCGGUGCGUUCCGAUCGGUAACGCUACACAUACAAAACAAAAUAAAGAAAGAAGUACCUGAAUCCAUGACUGCCAAAGAUGCAAUGAUGUUUCCAUUGAUUGCGAGUGGAGCUCUUUUUUCGCUCUAUAUUGUUUUUAGGUUGUUUUCCAAACAGUACAUUGAUUUACUUGUCACUCUGUAUUUCUACAUACUCGGAGUAGCCGCGUUACACAAUUUGUUAUGUACUUGGUUCAAUGCCAUAAUGCCGACUUGUGUACCCAAAAAAGAAUACAAACUUGACUUUAUCGAAGGAGCCGAAGACACUAAAAUUGAACACAUAAACGUCAAAUUCACAUCUCACGACGUCCUCUGCUUCUUACUGUGCGCUCUGUUAGGCACUGUUUAUUUAUACAACAAGCAUUGGAUCAUGAAUAAUAUUUUCGGACUGGCAUUUGCAAUCAACGGAGUAGAAUUUGUUCACCUCAACAACAUCAAAAUCGGAUCAAUUCUCUUGUGUGGAUUAUUCGUAUACGACAUAUUCUGGGUGUUCGGCACCAACGUCAUGGUCACCGUCGCCAAAUCUUUCGAUGCCCCCAUCAAACUUGUCUUCCCUCAAGAUAUACUCGAAAAUGGCAUUGUCGGCGCCCAGAAUUUCGCAAUGUUGGGUUUGGGCGACAUUGUGAUUCCGGGUAUUUUUAUAGCUCUCUUACUGCGAUUCGACCUAAGUUUGAAACGUAAAACGAACUUGUACUUCAACGCCACGUUUUUGGCAUAUUUCUUAGGACUACUGACUACUGUUUUCAUUAUGCAUGUGUUCAAAGCAGCUCAACCGGCAUUGUUGUAUUUGGUUCCUGCGUGUUUGUUGACACCGAUGGCGAUCGCUCUAGUGUCUGGCGAUUUAAAAGCGUUGUUCAGUUAUGAAGAUCAUAGCAUGGACACAGUAGAGAAAUCCAAAACGGUAGAAAUCAAAGAAGAUUAAUGACUUUUAACUUGUUUUUUUUUUUUUUUUGUGUGUGUGUGCGUGUAUAAAUAAAUGUAAUUUAUGUUAAAAUAUUUCCAUAUAUUUAUAUAUAUGUGUGUGUGUGUGUGUAUAACAUGUAUUGUUAGUUAAUUUUUUUUUCUAUUAUUAUUUACUUUAAAAUCAAUGAAACGUGUGAAAACUAUAUCGUCUGCUUAAAAAUACAUGACUUCUAAUUUAUUACCAUACUAUUAUAAAUUGUGUGUAUAACAAUUUGUCGUUUUUAAAAAAAAAUUUUAAUGAAGCGUAAGAAAUUAAUUAAGUAUAUUACGACAAUGUCUGUUUAAUUUCUUACGAUAACAAAUUUAUUAUUCAAAUUCUUUAAUGUUUUAAUUAAUUUUCUGAAAAAUUUCUUAUUUUAUUAUUAAUUCAAAUAAUUUUCUUUUUUUAAAUCAUCGCCAGAUGAUUAAAGAAUUAUUAAUUAUUUGCAAAAAUUCCAUUUCAAGUAAUUCCAUUUAUAUUGAAUUGUAAAAAAAAAAAGAUUGUACUAGUAUUUUUUACAAUUUUAGAAAUAAUUUGUCUUCUAUAAUUUUCUUCCACAGUUUGCCCUCUGUUUGUAAUUUCAUAUUUUUACCAAACGUAUGAAAAUGUUUUUGUAUGCUGACCGCAUUUUUUUUUUUGUUAUUAAACUUUCUAGUAUUCAUGAUACUUGGUUGUUUACCGUACAUUGUAAUCUAUCACCUUUACCGAGUCGAUUUCACUCUUCCAGAAUGUGAUCUCAACAAUAUUGUAUUUAAACAUAGUAUGUUUGAGUUUGUUAUAAUUUUUUUAGUUUAUACUAUACAUUAGUCUCAUUCCAGCAAAUUGUAUCAUUGUUUUCCACUCGGAUCAUUAUUGUAGAAGUAUUUAUAAUUAUUACUGUUAUAAAAAUGAAUCUUGUACAAUUUUUUGGAACCAUUAAAGACGCGUCAUACUAUUA